AUGGAUCGCCUGCCAGAUCCAAUUGUUGAGCUCAUCACUACCUACAAUGAGCUGAACAACUCGGUUGUCGACGUGCUGCAGGAAGAGCCUAGCCCUCUCGAGUUCAUGCGAUACGUCGCUCAGAAUACUCCCUUUGUAGUCCGCUCAGGAGCCGCUGGCUGGCGUGCUUCCAAAAUCUGGAGUGCAGCAUAUCUCAGAGACUUCUUGAAAAACGAGACAGUCAACGUGGCUGUGACACCAAAAGGCAAUGCCGACUCGCCUCUCCGUCUCGAGGACGGCUCUCUCGUCUUCGUCAAGCCCUGGGAAGAAGACCAGCCGUUCCCAGAGUUCCUGGACCACAUCAUCGAGCAAGAGAAGACGAGUCCGUCACAAGCAUCUGAAGUCAGAUACGCCCAGACGCAGGACGACAACCUGCGGCACGAGUACGCCUCGCUCUUCAGCCACGUCCAGCGCGACAUACCCUGGGCACGCAUUGCCCUGCAGAAGGAGCCCGACGCCAUCAACCUCUGGGUCGGCAACUCUCGCUCCGUGACCGCCCUGCACAAGGACAACUACGAGAACGUCUACGUGCAGAUCCUCGGCCGCAAGCACUUUGUUCUCCUCCCGCCGCUGUGCCAGCCCUGCGUCAACGAGCAAGCCCUGCGGCCAGCGAGCUACGUCCGGGGCGGCGGCGAUGGAGCCGAAAACCUUGAUCUUAGCUUUGAGGACGGCGACGACGUCCCCUUCGCGACAUGGGAUCCGGACAAUCCAGAGACCGCCACGACGCGCUAUUCACAUCUCGCCUCGCCGCUGCGCAUAACCCUCGAGCCGGGUGAUAUGCUCUAUCUUCCCGCAAUGUGGUAUCACAAGGUAUCACAGUCCAUAUCUGACGAAGGUAUAUGCGUCGCCGUCAAUUACUGGUAUGAUAUGGAGUUUAGUGGUCCGCUGUAUCCAUUGUGCUCUUUUGUCCGAUCCACAAAUCAGUACGUAUCUGAAGCUGAAGAGGGAAUGGGUAUGUCAAAGGCUGUCCUGAAGCUACAAGAGAUGUCUUACACAGUGUUCAAGGUGCAAUCGUCUCCCAAGAGUACUCCGAGGGACGUGGGAGUUUGA